UCACAUGAUGAUGCCACCAAAUUUAAAAGAUAUUUGUAGGGUCAUAGCAAUGCAGACAGACCUUGGCAUAUUCAGCAGAAGAAAAGCUCCCUCUUUACCUGGCUGCUAUAAAUCAUAACGUGAUGGUUUCUGCUUCUCUCAAACUCUAUACCUGCCAGCAAACAGGAGAGGAGCAUGAGGAGGGAGAACCAGAGCAGCAUGUCUGAAUUCCUCCUUCUGGGGCUCCCCACUCAGCCAGAGAAGCAGGGCAUCUUAUUUGCCCUGUUCCUGGGCAUGUACCUGACUACAGUGCUGGGGAACCUGCUCAUCAUCCUGCUCAUCAGGCUGGACCCUCGCCUCCACACCCCCAUGUACUUCUUCCUCAGUCACCUGGCCCUCUCUGACAUCUCCUUUUCAUCUGUCACCAUCCCUAAGAUGCUGAAGAACAUGCAGACUCAAGAUCAAUCCAUUCCUUAUGCAGGGUGUAUAACACAAACAUAUUUCUUCAUGUUUUUUGGUUGCAUUGAUAACCUUCUUCUUGCAGUGAUGGCCUAUGACAGGUAUGUGGCCAUAUGUCACCCUCUCCAUUAUGCCAUCAUCAUGAGAGAGGAGCUGUGUCUGUGUCUGUUGGCUGGAUCCUGGCUCUUCUCCUGUGCCGCUGCACUGACCCACACCCUCCUCCUGGCUCAACUGUCCUUCUGUGCUGACAACAUCAUCCCCCACUUCUUCUGUGACCUUGCUGCCCUAGUCAAACUCUCCUGCUCAGACACAUCCCUCAAUGAGCUGCUCAUAUUCACUCUAGGGCCUGCUGUUGUCAUUUUUCCAUUGAGUGGCAUCCUGGUCUCUUACGGCCAUAUUGGGCUCUCCAUCCUGAAGGUACCCUCUAUGAAAGGGAUCUGCAAAGCCUUGUCCACCUGUGGCUCCCACCUCUCUGUGGUGUCUCUAUUCUAUGGAACAAUGAUGGCAGUGUACUUUUCCUCCUCAUCAGGCCAGUCCCAUGAUAAGGACAUCAUAGCUUCUGUGAUGUACACAGUGGUCACCCCAUGCUGA